CCGAGACCCCACCGCCACCCCUCGCAAAGCGAACGCUUCUUCGCAACGGUCCGCCCGAAUAAACCGUCGCAAACCGAGGCUGGCGACUCGCCUCGUCGGCACUUUUUGAAUCGCGCUGUUCGUCCCGCUGGCGAUUGAGCCGCCUGUCCAGGCUCUGCACCCAUGGCCCAGUACGCCGGCGAAGCCGCGCGCGGCCCUGACCAUGCCGACCGCUCCCCCAACCCACCCACCGCGCGUCCCGCGGCUGACUCUCCGCGUCCCGCCUCGGCCUCGGCAUCGCCCUCCCCAGCAGCCCCCAGCGCCGCCGCCCGCCAGCGGCAGUCACCACUGCAGCCGCCGCCUCUGCCCCCUCCCUCGGCCCUCUCUUCGGCAUCGUCGGCGGCCACGGUGCCCACCGCUGCGGCGUCGCAGCUGCCCCAACACCGACGCGUCUACCAGGCCUGCAUCCCGUGCCGUCGGCGCAAGGUGCGCUGCGAUCUUGGCAGUGUCGACAACCCCCAUGAUCCCCCCUGCGUGCGCUGUCGCCGCGAGAGCAAGGAAUGCUUUUUCAGCGCUACCCGCCGCAAGCGCAAGGCCGACGAUGAGACGCUGUCGGGAGCUGAGGACGACUACGUGGUCCGCAACGGCCGCAAGCGCCGCGCCGCGGCCUCGCCACCGCCACUAGACCACAGGCUCUACUCGGAUGCACCGCUUACCCCUGGCGGCUCGCAUGGCCGCUCCCAGCCGCUACCCAGACCCCGUAGCGACUCUCUGCCGGCCAUCGACCGCGGUAGCAGCGGCCUGGGCCGCUCCUCAACAGAACGCGGGUUCGUCGGCAGCCCGGCUGACGAGCCCAACACGCCACUGGAAAACCUAGAGGCGCGGUCCGUUAUGCGACGCGAGGUGUAUGGACCUCACGACGCGCUCGAUCUGCUGUACAAGGCCGCAACCGACAGCCCGCACAGGCAUGGCGAUGCGGGCAUGGACAUGCGCCCCCAGAGGGCCGGGCCACCGCCCUCGGUGAGCUUCCUAGUUCCCCAGCCGGAAUCGGGUCGCUCUGCCACGGCGCGCAGCCAAUCCAGGCUUCACGAGGACAAUGACGACGGCGACCAGUCGCACUUGCGUGAUCAGCAUCGCCGGCGUCGCUCCAAGCAGGCAGCACGCCGGGCCGACGGCGAGACUACCGAGCCCAUCGACCCGCAGCUGACGGCCAAGCGCGACUCGGGCAGCGACCCCGGCUACGCCGAGGCGCUCAAGGCAUGGGCGCGGUUUCGUUUCGUACGGGCCGGCUGGUUUACGGCCCAGGAGGCUGUCGACUACAUCGACUACUACUAUAAAUAUCUCUCCCCCUUGACGCCCAUAUCGCCGCCGACCUUUAGCAACGCAGCCGCCCACCUGACGCUGCUGACGGAGGAGCCAAUCCUGACGGUGGCGCUGCUGACCAUCGCGUCGCGCUACCGCCGGAUGCCGGGCACGGGCGGGCACUGUCGCUCGCACGCGAUCCACGAGCAGUUGUGGACCUAUCUCCGCGGCAUGAUCGAGCGAGUCGUGUGGGGGCAGGAGGCCUUUGGCGGUGGCUUCUGCGGCUCCGGGGGCCCCGGGCCCCUGGACGAGAGCCAGACGUCUAGCACAGCGCCCUGGAGGGGGCUUCGCAAGGGCAGCCUGCGCACGCUGGGCACCAUCGAGUCGCUUAUGAUCCUGACUGAGUGGCACCCACGGGCACUGCACUUCCCGCCGGCCGAGGCCAUCGACGAGUUGCUGCUGCCAUCUGUCUACGAUGGGGUGGGAGGCCUGGCGGACCCGGCGACAGAACCCGACGCCUCGGCGGGAGUGGGGGUGGGAGCAGGCGGUCGGCCGGCGGCAGGCGUGGGCGGCAAGCGUAUCGAGAGCUGGCUUGAGCCUGCGUGGCGCAGCGAUCGUAUGUGCUGGAUGCUGCUGAGCACGGCUAUGGGCCUCGCGUAUGAGCUGGGCGUGUUCGACGACAUCGAUGAGCUGCUGGCGGCCGGGGCCAUCACGCGGCCCGAGUAUGAGGAAGAGACGUACCGGCUGCGGGCGCACCGCAUCAAGCGGCUGCUGCUCAUAUACCUGAGCCAGCUGGCCGGGCGGCUCGGCUGGACCAAUAUGGUGCCCGAAAACCUGCGCAAGUCGGACCCCGUGGUGGCGGCGCGGCGGCGGCCAGCGUCGGUCGAGGGCGUCGCCACGCCCGGCACCAGCCUGUCCUCGCUCUCGGGCGGCUUCAACUACAUACCAGACCUGGAGCUAGACGACCAGAUCAUCCACUGCUGGGCGGGCAUCAGCAACGCCAUGUUCGUCGGCAACGAGAAGCUCUUCCGCUCGCGCAAGCACACGACCGACAUCAUCCAGAGCGGCCGCUACAUAGCCCUGCUCCAGGAGUUCCAGCCCAUGCUGGGCGACUGGUGGCGCCAGUUUGAGCGCUUCCGCCUGCCGCCCUACAUUCGUCAUAUCUUGACCAUCGAGUACGAGUACGUGCGCAUUUACGUCAACUCGUUAUCGCUACAGGCCGUUGUCGAGCGCUGCACCAACCACGCCGGCCAAGCAACCACAGCCGGCGCCGAGCAGCUGUCGCCCCAGACCCAGAACUACUUUGGAAAGCUUCCUCUCGGCAGCCUCGGCGGCUUCGGCGUCGCCGACCAGGAGUACGUCAAGGAGGUGGUGGACGGCAGCCGCAAUCUGCUGCGCACCGUGGUCGACGGCCUCCUGCCCAACGACUACCUGAAGCACGCACCCGUCCGCACCUACUUCCGCAUCAUCAGCGGCGCCAUGUUCCUGCUCAAGACCUUCGCCCUUGGUGCCCCGCGCUCAGACGUAGAGCUAUCCAUCGGGCUGAUGGACCGCACCGUCGACGCCCUGCGCAACUGCGUCGUCGACGACGUGCACCUGGGGAAGCGUUUUGCCGAUCUUCUCGAGUCCCUGACGAGCCGUCUGCGCAAUAGGUUUAUCCACGCCCCGGCCACCGGGCCCGGAGGCAGCGCUCAGCCGGCCUCGGGUGCUUCGUCGGCCGCUCGCCCUAGCCCGCAGCCGCAGCAGUCACAUGCUCACGGCACAGACCAUAAUGUUGCCGGCGCGGCCGCAUCGACUGCCGCCAACGACCAGUGGCGUCACCACGUGGGCCCGGACGGCGCGGCCUCGGAGCAAUGGCUGCGGCCCAACGGUUCAGGGACACUAGCAUCGCUCUCCACGGCGGCGGCAGCGGCAGCAGCAGCAGCGACCGGGCUCGGAUCGGCUGGCGCAGGAGGACCCGGCGCUGGAGCCGGACCUGGAACAGCAGCCCCGGCUGAACGGUGCGGGACGCCCGUGAAUAUAUCAGCAACACCCUUUGAAUUUAGCACUGGAAGCCUCUACCCGAGCGGAUCCGCCUUUGGCGGGCCGUCUACGCCGGCAGCGAGCGCCGGCAUCGAGCACCAUCAUGGCAGUAUGCCCGACAACCUAUUCGGCGACCCGUCCGAAUGGAAUAACUCGAGCAAUGAAAUGUGGUACCUCCCAACCGGACCUGCAUUUUUCCAGAACAUGGGAGACUCGGCCGUUGCCAUGACCGCCGAGGGUGUUAAUGUGGGCGGCAUCGAUCUGUUGGAGUACAUGGCUAUGGAUCAGUUCCCAGCCGCCGAAGGGAGCGGCUACUAGUGAAGCCCGAGUUGCCAUUAGCGUGUUUUUCGGCCCGCGCCCAGUUUCUUUUUCCCUUUUUCCACACGUCUCUCCAUCUCUACCUAAUUUGAUAUAUACGAUACCCACGAAUGAAGGGUGGGAAAACCUGUGACACGAACUUUGCGCCUGGGCGUAUGUGUGUGUGUGUGCGUGUGUGUGCAAGUGAUUUGUAUAUGGUGAUGAUAUCAAUUGCACCCUAUUGAACGUUUUCACGUCAUAGGCUGUGGUGCUUUCCGUC